UAAAAUGCUGAAAAUGUGUUUUUCCACGUGCACCGUGGCAACGGUGGAACGUUUGGCUCCGAACGUCAGAGCGUGAUGACGUACAGGUGUAAACAAAACAGAGCUCCUUAUCCUGUUUGGAUGGGCUCAUGAGUUAGCUUGAUUUGAUUGUUGAAGUGUAACUUAUUGUAUCCUGAGCUAAAAAGCCAAAGCAUUUCGUCAUUAUAGUCUCAAGGUUUAUCAGAUGAACCAAAUGUGGGUUUUUUGUUUUUCGUUUGGUUUGUUUUUUUUAAUAUUCCACCAAAUUCACCAACAGGUCAGUGUUGUUAAGCACUUUAGUGAAGGCGAUAAAGUAACAGAUGUAUGACAUGUAGGUAUAGUCAUAAAUAUUAUGCUCUAGGCUUGUUUGAAUGGUGUGGAGGGAGAACAGAGCUAUUGGCCACGUGGCUGUAGCCUGUGGGACUGCAUGUCCAGGAUGCUGCCAUCUCCUACCUGAACUGCAAAUGAUGGGUUUUGUCUGCACAGAGGUUAGUGUGGUUAUUUUGGGAAAGCCCUGUUUGUUCCACAUGGUUUGAAUCAGUGUAUCCUUGGUUCACAGUGUGCAACAACACAUGCAGUACAUUGAAUUUUAAAUACAUUUUCACAGCUAUUUGCAAAUUAUUAGGAGUCUUCACUCAAUGUACAACACCUGCUGCCCUAUUUGAAAAGAGAAUACCAGAAACAAACAGAGCAGAGACAAAACUGAAGUAUCCACAGCUGUACCAGCUGACAAUGGAACAGCUUCUAACCACGGGCUGUGAAGCUUCAGAACUCAAUCUUCAGCACUCCACCAUUACUAGUUCAUUUUUCUGAUUUGAUUAUUAUUUUGUCAAUUGUAAAUUGUGUUGAGUUUGUUAAGUGUAGUUUGCAAUGCGUCAUGUAUUUUUAAAGACAGUUAUAUGUUUUGUAAGUAAAGUUAAUGUGAAAAGUAACCAGCUUGUGCUCCCUGUGAAAUGUAAUGGAGUAAAAUAUUGUAUAUUGUAUUGUAUAGUAGCAAUAUUCAGGUCGAGUGCGAGUACUUCAAAAUUGUCAGUCGGUGAUUACCAAAAAAGUAAACUAUUAUAAUAAACUAAACUAAUAUUAGAAAUGCGGCCUGUAUAGAACUCGGCCAUGCACAGUAAUCACAUUCUUAAAGAGCAACUAGGUCAGUUCGAAGUAGACAGAUUUGAAAUGUGAUCCUAUGUUUAUAUUCUGACUGUUUACUCUCACUUGAAUAACGAUGAUGAGACUUGAUGCCCGUUUAUCAUCAUAUCCCAUGGAUAGAGCGCAGACAGGAAAAGUAGCUAUAGUUAAUUUUAAAAAGUAAGUCAUGUUUAUUUAUCCUCACACCUAAGGUGCUGUGGCCGACUGCAUUUGACAUUUGCUCAACAAGUGGAGACUGAACAUCAAGCACUCCGCCGCGCCCCCUGUUUUGGAAGUUUAUCAUGCAUUUGUCCACAUAUAGAUACCCACACAACAUAUUUUUUGUGUGUUGCAUGACUGAGAGUGAGGGUGGGUGAGGUCUUUAGACUUAAGCAGGCUCGUGUGACUAAUCUAUCAAUGAUGUAGGCUAAAGCUCCCCAUUGCUGAGGUGCUCAGCAUUCUUUCCCCCUGAGUCCUCCUCCAGACUACUGUGCUGCCAUAACCACAGAGGUUCAAAUUUAUCAGCACUUCUGUACACUAACUAAACCCUAUCUCACAUCCAGCACACACACAGGCAUUUACACAUGCAUGCCUGUUGUCUUUUACAACCUUUAAAACUUAUAAAUAAAAUGAAAACUCACCAUAUUUCAAAUGUGUUUAUUUAUAACUGAUAAUGAGAUAGUGUAUGUACAGUAUACUGUAUGAGUUAGGGUUGUAUUAUACAUCCUCUCCUUAGAGUCUGCUGAAAAUUAGAGGGAUGAUGCUUCAUGUUUGUCAUGCCAUUAGAGCUUCCAGUGAAAUAUGAAAUCAUUUACAGGAUAGCUUUGAAAGGAGAUCUGGAGUCUAUAAUCAUUACUCUAUAAACAAUAAUUAGUUUAUGCAGAAUUAAUGGUGCAAUAAAAGAUAUCUGUCUGUUUAUAGCUCUGUGUAUAGCCAUAUUGCGCAAGGUCAAGGAUACAGUUCCCAUUUUGGCCUGCAACACUAAAAAUGUAUGGCACUUCAGUCAGAAAAAGGGGCCAAAUUACAUAUGUAUGACACCAUACAUAUAACAGAUUGUUGAAAGCCAUCUCUCAACCCUUUGAUGCGACAAAUAUAAUAUACCCUCCCAGCAUUAUGCAACGCUCUGUCAGGGCUGCAAUCACAGAUUUUUCCAUUAGCUUGCCCUGAAUGACUUAAUAGCUGAGAAUGAAUGGUAAUCCCAUGAGGUAUUAGGUUAGGGACAGAGAGCUUAUCAAACUCACUGCCAUCAAACAUGCCCAGACAGCCUUAAUGUGGUUUAGAGGGUGCUGAGAUUGUAGCAGCAAUAGUACAGUGUGAUGACAUGAUCCCUUUUGUUUUUUUACAGUUUUGAUCAAAGGUUUGUCAUGUGUGGCCGUAUGUGUGGCCAAGCUUCAGCACAAAUUUGAAACUGAUCAUUUCCAUCGGCUGUGGUCCUGAGACAUGAAAUAUCCUGACAUUAAGAAAAAAAAUGUGACUUAGAACAUAUGAACGCACCUUGCCAAUGUCGUGCAAGCGUUGCUAACUAGGACGCAGUGCACAGGAGUUUUGCAUGUGACCUGUCGGAGUUGGGUGGUCUGUGUCCACCUUUGACCUGUUGUACCUCAGCAACACUUAGCAUUCUGGCCUACACAUACUCGCACACAAGCAUACAUUAAUUCACCCUUAAUGGUGAGUAUUACUAUCUACCAUCUUACCCAUCUAGCAGUAAGGGGGCAAUGGUUUGGCUCACUUCAAGCUCUCUAUUAUUCCUUUCUUUCCCACACAGGCAAAUAGCUAAGGCUAAGGCUAUCUGGCCCUGAUAGUAUGGGUCUAUAUAUAGAGGAGCCCUGUGACUGAGCUGGCUGUAAGUGUCAGAUUCCAGGCGCACUCAUCCAUCCUGGCCGGAUCAGCACCUGCUGCUAACUAUAAACUCACCCGCCCCCUGCGCUACACCCUAGCCCAGCUUACACAGGAAAGCCAAUGUCCAACCAAACCCCAGCCUGGAGAAGAAAAAAAGAUUCAGGUUAGGCUCAGUAAGCAGUUUCCCAGAAGCCAGCUCAGAAGGGAGGGGCAGUAAUAGAGAUGGGAGCAUUAGAGGAUGUAACAGGUCUGAGCAAUAUGCCCCUCUUUGCUUUUUUUGUUCAAGUCUGGGGCAUGGCAGUGUCUUUUGCAUUCUGAAGUUGUCUUGUCAGUGUGGCACUGCCAGACUGAGCUGUGCGGAGCGGCUCAGUCCUGGAUUCGGUUUGGUUUUGAGCGACAGUUCGCUGGGUGGGGGGCAGAUAUUGCAACACUGAGGAACUCAGUGCCCUUGGGAAAGCCUCAUCAUUGGCCAAAGGUGACCAUAUGUCAUUUCCAGUCCAGGAACAGAGCCCAGAGCCGACUAGAGGAGCAGACUGGAGUGGCCACAGUGAGAAUUUGGAGCUUGUGGACGAGCGAUGGACAGCUGGACUCUCCAGGGGGACAGCUACUCCUUUCUGCGCAGUGCGCCCCGCACAUUUUCCCUGUGCCAUCGUGACGGCACCCCAAAUCACGUUGAAAUCUUUGACAUCAUCAACGUCCCUAGUCAGCGCAGUGCAAUUUCUGAGACUACCUGUCUGUGUGAUAUUUUUGGAGACGACUGUGAGUCACCAGCGCUGUCCCGCAGCCCUGCUGUAGGGACUUUUGUCCCUUCCCAAAGGGAGGUGGACGGGACAGCUGCUGCAUCACCCCUUGUAGAUGACCCAAACGACUCAUCCGGCUCUUACCACACUGCACCGGGCUCCAGUGAAGGAGAGGAGGGAUUUGAAGAUUCAAGAGAAAGGCUUUACAGCCCCCCACUGCAGAGCAGGUCUUCAGAGAGGAGGCAGCCAGGGGGUGAGGAACUGAGCUCAGGGAAUCCAGAUGUGCCUAAAGACGGUCACCCAAAUUUAGAACCAAAUAGCAGAUCGCCUGUACCUCACCUUAGUACAGCUAGCCCAUCAUCUGAAGUCUUCAAAACUCGUCAAAGGACCCCCUCUCCUGCAAAUAAAAGCCCCUUUACCCUGACUCCGGAGAGAACAGUGUCAUCCUUAUCUUCUGCCUCAGCUGACAAAAGAUAUUCCCCAUCACCACCUAACACUAGACAAGGACAUUCAGAAGCUGAUCAAAGGAGAAUCACUCCUACUUUCAUAAGUAGACACAAUAGCCCCUCACAUCAGUCUUUAACUCCAGGUCCCUCCCCUGUAAACUGUGUCAGCUCGUCCUCUUCUGAAUCAGUGAACAUCCGAUUGUUACCUGAGUCCAGGGUAGAACAAAUCUCACCUGUGCCAAGGAACAGUCCUUCACCUCAGCCAACAUCCAAAGAUUUUUCUUCAGAUUUUACACAAUCUAGAGCCAUCCUUUCAUCUCCCUUACCUUCAUCCAGCAGUACAGAGUUAUCAUCUCAGUCAAGAGAAACACUGGUCACCCCUGAGCUAAAGAAAAGGCCCUACUCCUCUGAUACUCAAGCAUCAUCUCCUUUUCCAGAGCUCAGAGGGAGGGUCUCCCUUCCUGAUCUCUUUAGCAGAGGCUCCACACCUGAUAUACAAGACUCUACCUGUACCCCUGAGCUGAUUUUAGAUCUGCCCACUGUAGAAAGAGACACCACAACUACUCCGGAGAGUGAGGGUGCAAGGUUAUCGUUUGAAACUGUCAGUGCUGUGUCUACACCUGCCCCACGAUACACACCUCCAUCACCUGUUGUUUCAAUAGCAACAUCUCCUGAGCUGGACAGUAGCAGUGUGUUAUCUGAAUUAAGUCACACAGCUCCCUCACCAGGCCUACUCAGUGCUGCUUCUCCAGUUACAGCCGGGACAAGAACUCCCUCUCCUGGCCCCUUGCAUAAAAAAGGACAUAGUUCACCUGAAGCUGGGAUCAAAGUGUCUUCACCUGUGGCAAGUUAUAGUUUAUCUCCAUCACCUGAAGUUACAAGUGACUGUUCUCUCAUUCAGCACAGAUAUACCGCUCCCUCACCUGAAAUCAGGAUUACAGCAUCCUCACCUGAGAUCAGCAGGAGGGAGGGGCCUUCUGAAGUUGAGUCACCCUCUCCUCUCUUAGAGCCUUGCUUUGACUCGGCCACAUCAAGAAGCCUCACUUCAUCCCCUCAUAUCACAGGGAUUUCUUACUCUGUUGUUCAGCCAGAGGACAGGGACAGUCCCCCAUUUCCUGAGCUCUCUCAUCUCUCCUCUUCGGAGCCUGAGGGGCCACUUGUGUCCCCUGAUGCAAGAAGCCCUACCCCAAGAAAGGACAGUAUACAGAGCUGCUCCACUGGUACACCACGAGAUUCACCCCAUAUAUUAGUCAUCCCGACCUCCAUCCUGCAGCCUGAAAUAACUGUGUCACAUCAAUCCAGGUACGGAACACCUUCACCUCAGCCAAAGCAUCACACUCCAUCCGUUGAGCCAAGAUAUCAAUCCCCAUUAUCCGACAAAUAUCGAAGUCCCUCACCUCAAUACAGAAGUAAGGAGCCAUCACCUGUUGCCCCAUCUCCUGAGCCAAGGUCUCCUCAGUAUUUACCACUAAACCUUUGCCCAGAGUACAGUCUUCAGUAUAUACAGCCUACUCCUCCUCUUCGAAAUACACCAGAAGUUGUGGGGGAUUCAGGUGAUAUUACAGACACACAUUUGGCAGAAGAGUGUGUGUCACUCUCAUUUGAAUUAGACAGGGGAGACAAAUCAGUUGAAGCAGAAAUCAAUAGCAGGUCACCAGUGGUAGCGGUAGAUUCACCUUUAUCUAUUUCACCUUUCUUAACUGAGGAAAGUGUAGACAGUUCAUUAAAACAACAAAGCACAGAGCGAGAAGCACCACCAAAGGAAGCAAACCUUCAGGAUAACUCAAGCGUAGUGUCUUUCCCUGAAGAAAAACAAGCCAUUAGCCCCACCUUUUAUCAGAAAGAACACAUUGAUAAUAAUAAUAAUAAUUCCACAAUUGAACUCAAAUCUCCUUCACCUAAUCCUUUAGUUUCCGAGGACACAAGUCCAAGCAUUUCCCUUGUCCAGAGGGCCUCAUCCAAAUCACCUGUGCAGAGACCAGAAAACCCACAGCCUCAAUUCACUAACUCCUCCCAGGCUUCUGAAAGCAGCAGCUCAUUGAAAUCCACUUGUACACGUGAGCACACUAGUAGACAGCUGUCGAAUAGCGUUAGACGUGAAAACAGAGAGAGAUUUACAGAGGACAUGGCCCACCAUGCAAACAGAAGGCGGACUCCCUCUCCGCCACUCACCAGAUUUACACCUGUCCACAUCUUAGCACCUGAGAAGCCAUACAGGCACUGGCAGAACAGAGGCCAUAGCCCUACUCAAGUUGUAGCAUCGUCACCAAGUGGUAAUUUAAAGAAAGCAGUGACAAACAGGGAAAGCCCCAAUGUCGCCCCUGUUGACAAUAAUAGCCAGGCCCAAUGGGUCAGGCUAGGAACGCAAUUGGAGAUGGAGAGGGAAAUGCAGCUGGAGGAGGAAAGGGUGGUAGGUAGGGAGAGGCGAAUGGAUAGAGAGAUGGAGAGAGAGAGAAAGAGGGAGGAGCAGCUUCCUGAAAAGGGGAAGGGGUGGCAGGGGGACGCCAGUUACAGAGGGGAACAGGUUGAGCUGUCAUUCAAUGCCAGGAAUAGAAAAGGGCCUGUGUGUCGCAGAGCAGCUCCCACAAGCAGAGAGACCCGUCAGGGACUGCCAACAGUGCAUUCCUGUUCAGAGAGCUUGCUUGCGACCAGACAGCUACAGCAACAACAGAGUCUGCUCAGAUUUGCUUCCCAACAAGACACCAGGGGUGGUGGUUCUGGCAGACGGCUUCAACCUCCUGUACCCCAGAACAAGAACAGUGCUCCUGGACGUGUGGCUGUAAACAGGUCCUGCCAGAGUUCCAGCUCCAGCAUGGGAAGUGAGCUUGAUGAGGCAGACAAUGAGGUGAAGUGGUUCACAGACUUGGCUUUCAGUAGCCUAUCGAGCCCUGAAGUAGAUUACCUUGAUAUGUAUAACUCAAGCCACCGUUCAUCUACCAACAUCUCUCAACCAUCUACCCAGGAGAGCCCAGCCGGGGUCAACGCCGCCUGGCUAGCCUAUGCUGACUUCAAGGGGUCUGCUCCAAAGCUGGACAAUGAUGAACUUUCCUUCCAGCAACCACCUGUAUGCUACUCAGAUGGCCUAGAUCCAUCAAGGCGCUACGAGCUAGGCAGCUUUGAGUGUGUAGACGUGGCCUUGGAGAGAGAGGACUCCAGGAAGGUGAGAAGAGGAGUGCCAAAGAGACAGAUCCUGCUAAAGAGAAAGGAUCAUGCUGACGGGAAACAGGAUGAGAGCAGUGAAAAUAGUAGUCCUGGGUUACCAGUGAUGAUGGAAAGCCCCUCUCUUGAGGGUCACUCGAGAGAGACAUAUGUGAGACAACACAGUACACCAGCAGCAUUGCAAGAAUGCUACACAUGUGAGCGCAGCCCUGAGCCCAAUCAGCAACAUGAAAGAAAUUCCAAACUCCAGAAAUCUGCUUCUUUGGAUGAAACAUGCACUAAAACCAAGAUGGCUACUUGUCUAAUCAAGAGUGUGUUGUCCAAGAAGAUGCAAAGUGUGGAUGAACAACCUGAUGAGCAAGCCAGAGAAGAAGUGAGCCCUGUUUUUGAGGAAAACAGCCUGCAAACAGAGAAUGCAGUGGCACCACUUACAGAGUCCCCAAAACCUGAUACAUGUAAUCUAAGUUCCAGUCUGCAGUCAGAUUAUAGUCUUUCAUCUGAAGGUGUUUCUAUGAGAGGAGAACCAAGUACAAAGGAUGAAGCCAAGCCACCAAAAAGUUUUGGCCUGAGAUCCAGUAACAGGCCAAGUUCAUCAAGCAGCAGUAGAAGUGUUAGUUUUUCACAGACUGAGAGUGAAGAGGCUGAUUCUCAAAGCAGGAGUGCAUCUUCAUCAAGAUCUGAGAUGAGAUCAGAAUUGAAAUUGCCAUUGGAUAGUAAACAGUCAAGAAGUGAAGUACAACGAGCAGAUGACAUUAACACAUGGGAGGUUGGUGACUCAGCAAAUGCCACUGCUCGGAACACAGGAGCGCCUUCUGCCACCGGAGCCAGCAGCAUGCAGGCCAGGGCGACAAAUAGAGACCAGGAAUGUGAAAACACAGAGGACCAUAAACAACUGAAACAUAGUGACAAGGGUGCCUACACAUCAAAAACACAGGAGAUUACACUCAAAGCUGUGGAGAAAAAGAAAGCCUCUCUAAAUGUGUGUCUCACACCUGAGGCAGAAGACAAACCUUUGGCUUCAUCGCCAGACUUGCCUUACAGAGAAAGUGAAGAAAGGGAAGAGAUCGGUGUAGGUGAGAAAACAGAGGAAGAGGAAGAAAAUGUUAACAAUCAAGUCAAGGUCCCCAUUCACAAAGUUAGGGACGUGAGGCGACUUGUAAAAAAUACAUAUAAUCUGUCCUUCAAGGCAACAAGUGCUGUAAAGUCAUCAAAUAUCAAUGAGGAAAGGAUGGAAACUCUAAAUGAGGAAAGGAGGGAAGAAAUAAAAGAGGAGAGGAGGGAAGAGGUUAUAGCAGAGGAUGAUAGGGAGAUUAGGCAAGACAUAAAGAGAAGGGAGAGGAGGGAAGAGAGGGAGGAGGAGUCCAGGGUGGAGAAGAAAGAGGUACAAAAAGAGAAGGAAAAGGACUCAAAAGUGCUAACUAGUUCUCCACCUCUUCAGAGCAAAGGAAAUCCUCCAUCUCGUCCACAGCCAAUGCAAAUAGAAUACAAAGCUGUUUGCUGGAAAGAAGACAAAAAUAAGAUGCUGUCCAGCACAAAAGACUCAGAGAACCUUAGUGACAAACCUCAGGCUUCAUCAAAGCAUGUAACAGAGUUAAGCAGAGAAUCACAGUGCUUGCUGAAUUACACAACAGGGGACACAGCUGCCAAAUCAUUUCAACAAGAUCUAAAUAAAGCAACAGAAACACAAGAGACUGUGACAGAAAUGCAUAAAGUGCCAGACAAUGAGGACAAACCUGUAGUGGUCAGAACAGACAGAAAACCUCCUAUGCUUGGAAGCCUUCCCAAACUGCCCAGUAAGGAAAGAGAGGUGUCCACUGCUGUAGUGUUAAUAAGAGAUGGAUCUGGCAAGACCAAGACAUGUGCAACCCAGGAAGUUAUUUCUGCUCCACCCCAAGCUCCAGCUGCUUCACCUUCACCAGGGCCUGCUACCCAUGGCAGUACCCAAGGGAGCAGUGGUCACUCAGUUUCCAUGUUAUUAAAGGAAAAAGGCUAUCAGGCUGACAUUGGAGCAGUCGUAGGUGACAACCAGAAUGCAGCAGGAGGUAAAGGAGUUCCUCGUAAACAUGUGAACUGCCUGGAGAUCCCUCUUCAGACCACCAUUCCUUCAGAUGAAGGUCGGAUUGAAUCUCAAAGAGAGCAGGCAUUCUCCUCCUCAUCCACCACAUCUGGCCCCUCAGCAGUGUCUGACAACAAAGACACCCUUCCAAAGACCACCAGAGAAGAAGAGGGGGUGAGUAAUAAGCUUCCUGUAAAAGACACAGUAAAGCAAAAAAGUGCCUCUCCACUAAGGAAUACACUGGAGCAAACACCACCUCCCACCAAACAGAAAGAAGUAGGAGAUUUUGAAACAAUAAAAAGACUAGAUCCAACUUUCCCCCCAAGGUCCCCUGCAAUAAGGAGAUUUAGACCGCAGCCAAUUGAGGUUAAGUCACUGUCUAAAGAAAUACAGAAACAAGAUGUGCCCACAAACUCUACAGGAAACAACAGGCCUCAAACCAUUGAAGUUAAAUCUAUAGCUAAGAAUUCUCAAAAGCCAAUUGUGCCUCCAAAACCAAGCUGCAAAUUUAAACCUGCAGAUUUAGCAGCAAUGCCAAAUGAAGCUCAGAGACCGUCAGCAGUAAAACAGCAAGGUGAGGAGAGGCCUCAAACAAUUGUAGUGUCCUCACCGACAAUCUAUAGAAAGAUCUCAAAUGACUCAACAUCGACAUCAAACUACACAAGAAAACUAGCUGUGUCUGCAGUAUCCAGCCUCAAACCUCCACCUUGCAAGACAACAGCAACUACCAUCUCCAAUCUGUCGAACCAGUCAACAGCACCAUCAGAGACAGAGCCAUCUCAUGACAGAGUUCAACAGCCACAGCCAGAGGUCUUACCUCAGAGCUCUAGUCAUACGCAAAGGCCCACAACCUUAGCUACAGCACCAACAUCAGCCACUGGCCCAAGUAUAACAUCAGUUCCAGUUACAUUUUCUGACUCAGUGGCAAACCAAGCCCAUGGUCCAGUCUCAGCUGGACCCAACCGGUCAAGCAUGCCAGCUGUUGCAGAACCAGACAGCCAACCACAACAUCCCAGGAUGGCAUACCCUCAUGAACAAGCUAUGCCAGUAACUUCAAACAAUAUAAAACAACCCGUUGCUGUUUCCACAACACAAGUGCCAGGAUACACACAGCAGCCAUAUCGCAGAUCAUUCUCCAGCGAGCGUUCCCAGAGGACAGAUGAUCUGCGUUUUUAUGCCUCAGAUGACCCCCCAAGCUAUGAUGAAAGAGAGAGCUUCAGUCCCCUCAUGCUCCCAGAUCUGCCCCCUAGGAGAUCAAAUCGCUAUCAACCCUCUUCCCGCCCUCCUCCCUGCUCCUGUGCAGUUGGCUGCCCUUCCCACCCUGGUAUCACUCCUCCUCAUCAUCACCGCAGCCCCCAUACCCUCACCCCUCCUGCUCCUUCACACUCUCCAGGCCAGGCACUACCUUGCCCAGUGGCUCAGCCGCCUCUCCGUCCCCACCAGUGCAGGCCUGACCCUCAGCAGAUGAGCUACCAGCCUGGCUCUCCCAAAUCCAGUCCUCUUGGUCCAAGUCAGCCACCAGCCAUGUACCAGCCUCUCCAUCAGCCCCCUCCCUGCGCUCCCCACCAGCCCCCUCCCUGCCCUCCCCACCCCUCAUUUAUGCAGGCCUGUCCUGCCGACCGCCCCCUGCAGCCACCUCAGCAUAUUGACUCUCGACGACCCCCCCUCCACAGAUCCCCACAGCAACAGCCACCAGGCAUGGCUGGGGCUCCUUACAGUGAAUCUGGCCACAGCCACUCUCCUGGUCUUCCUCCUAUGGAUCCCCAGUACCUGUGUGGCCCUCAAAGCCUGGGGCCUUCCUAUGGCUCUGAAUAUGGGGGUGACGGCUCCAGUUUGUACUCAGAAAGUAGCUAUGGACAGACGCCUCGCAGAGUGCUCUUAGAUCCUGAGACAGGAAAGUAUUUUUAUAUUGAAGUGCCUGUGCAGCCACUGAGGAAAAUGUUGUUUGACCCAGAAACUGGCCAAUAUGUGGAGGUGCUCAUCCCGCAGCAGGCAAUGUCACAUUCGGGCCUGUAUCCUCCUUCAGCAGCUCCCUACCCAUCUCUCCACAACCCCAACAUGUAUGCCCCUGCUACACAGUACAUGCCCUAUGCCACUGCUCCUCCUCCCCCAAUCCAUCCCCAGGCUCAGCCCCAACCACCACGAUAUCCUGAGGUCUCUGCAGCACCAACAAUGCACCCAAGCGGGCCUGGUGUCAGCUACAGGAGUCCCUCUGGUCAGGCAUCUAAGCCCGAACCCCUAAACCAUCCACCAUUGGACCAGAGCUACCUGGAGAGUAUGUAUUAUGUCCCUACAGGGAUGAAUGCAAGCCCCAAUCCCACCCCACCCGACUAUUACCACAAACAUCCCCCCAACCUACCCCCAACGGGGGGGAAAAGGUCCUGAAAUAGAGGAUAGAGGCCGCCUUUCUGGAGCCUGUUGGGUUUUAAAUACACAGUGUAUAAAGGGAUGUCUAAUGUUAGUCUGUAAUGUUAUUUGAGUUUUCACGAUGCAACUGAAGACAGCAUUUCUUUGGUUGUUGUUUAUUUGCUGCUGUUGCUGCUGCUUGUUCUGCUGCUUUAAUAGAACUAGAUAUUUGAUUCUUGAGUUAAGUUGAAAACACAAAAGCCUUUUUUUUUGUUUUUGUAUUCUUAUGAGUAUUACCUAGAUCUAAAUGAAUCUAUUAAAAUGUUUGUUGUUUUUGAUGCAGGGUAGAUAACAUACAGUUAAUCCACAACGAACAGGACAGGCACAGGCACUAUAAAUCAAUAUGUUUACUAAUGUGUGUACUUUAACAACAAAUAUCUCCAAAAAACUUGAAAAAUACUGUUUUAAAAAGAACCUCAUAUUUAUUUUAUUAUUAUGUUCUCUAAUAUUGGAUGAGUGAGUUUGUGCACAUGAUGUCUGAAACAACAAUGCCAAUA